UUUUCGCAUUUUCUGCUGUAUGCCGUGUUUUCUGUGCACACAGCCCGUGGAUGGCGCCGUGGGCAACAUCGAAUUCGCCUCCGGCGAGGCUGAUUCAUUGGGCCUGCGGAAGAUCGUCGAGACACACUUCUGGCUGCGGACCGGUGAUUCAGACAGCGGCUACGUGUGCGGGGCCUGCUGGGAGCAACUGCUGCUCUUCCACAAUUUCUACCUGACGGUGGAGCAGGCCCACAGGGUCCUAGAGGCGGCUCCGCCUACCGAAGUCGUUUCAGCGACAGUGGUCUGUGAAGGCGAUGCGAUCAAGACGGAGCUAGCUGAGAGCGUGGCGGCAUCUGUGAAACGCCGGAGGGGUCGUAUCCGCAAGUCAGAAGCUCUCAUUUCAAAAGAUGCCAACGACGAUCUGAAGUGCGUGCUGGAGCAGAUCAACCUCAACGAGAUCAAGAUUGAGUUCCCCGAGGCGGAUCUGACCAUAGCCGAUGUGCUAGAUGACCAGGACCAACACGACUUCAUGCCAAGCGACAGCUGCGGUAGCCAGAUCGAAGAAGGGAUCGACGACGAAGAGGCCAAGACUGAAAGGAAACGGAAGGUGCGGGGCCGUCCAAGGGGCUCCGCACGAGGAAGACCACGGCUAGCAGAACGCCGAGCCAAGGCAUCAGCAGUCCCCAACCUCCAAAAGUCGCAGGAGUUUAACGACUACAUCCGUGAGCACUACAAGGUUCAGUGCCCCAUUUGUGCCACUCCAAUGGAGGGCUUUUCGGAAAUGUUAGUUCAUGUGCGAAGGGAACACAACCAACGCGGCUUCUCGGUGUGCUGCGGUCGCAAGUUCUGGAAGCGGGGCGUGCUGGUCGACCACCUGCGCCGGCACCAGGAUCCCGAGCUCUUCAAAUGCAACAUCUGCAACAGAGUGAUGGGCCAAAGACGGAGCUUAGAGCUCCAUAUGCGAAUGCAUGAGAUUAAGACACGAGGUCGCCUCUACCAAUGCGAGCACUGCUCAAAGAGUUUCUUCAGCUCGGUGGUCUGUGAGCGGCACAAGCUGACUCACAUUCCGCGCGAGCAAUGGCAAGUGAAGUGCACCAACUGCGAGAAGACCUUUCCGACGCAAUACACAAUGCAACAACACGUGAGGCUGGUCCACUUGAAUUUAUAUGCCAAGAUCUGCGAUGUAUGCGGAAAAUCCAUCCGGGGGCGGGAGGCCUUGGCCCGCCACAUGGAAGAGCACACGGGCGCUCCGCAGACAGCCAUAAAGUGUCACCUUUGCGACUCUAAGCUGACCACCAAAUACGGACUGGCGCGGCACAUCAAAAUGAUGCAUACGGCCGAGAAUCUGCAGCCCAUGCAGUGCGAACUGUGCCUAAAGAUUUCGCCCAGCCUGCAGGCGCAUCAGCACCACAUUAAGUACACACACAACACGGCCCGGACUCAUCAGUGUCCUAUGUGCGAAAAGGCCUUCAAGAGGCCCAACGAAUUGAAGGAACACAUGACCACCCACACGGGAGAAGUGCUCUACACCUGCCCCCAUUGCCCGCAGACUUUUAAUUCAAAUGCGAACAUGCACGCCCACCGCAAGAAGGUCCAUCGCAAGGAGUGGGAGGAGCAACGACACCAGCGGUUAAAUAGGACCCACAGAUCGGACACUAUCAUUUCAGUUAGUGUGCGGAAAACCACAGAGGCCCGGCAGGAAGCAGGGGCCACUGCAUCAGGCACCGAGUGCUAGCCUUAAGGAAACCUUUAAUCCAAUUAAACCAAACCAGACACUGUACGCCUUUUGUUGUUAUCACAUCGCGAUGAGCGGGAUUACAAUUUGUAGGACCUGUAAUUGAAAACAGCGAUCCAGCUGUAACUGGUUUCAGCAUCUGCACCCUGAUCAUCUCGAACUGGUAAAGCGGACAUCGGUGCCCGGCGUUAUCGCGAUUAAGGUCGAAGCUGUUAAUUUAUAAACACAUAUAGCACAUGGUUCAAUUUUUAAUAUUCCUAUUUUGACGACGAGCCUCAGGCUCGAUGGGCAGGGUAACCGGUUCGAUCCAGUUGGAAAAGUGGAUUCUGCCUUAUCAGUGGAUAAUGUUAUCAAGCCCGGUUCAAAAGUACCACUGCUCAUAACGUGUGUUUUUUAUUCCAAUAAUUUUUAUAAUCAUCUGCCAAAUAUAAAAUCUGUGCCAUAA